AUGACGUCCCGCAAGACGCAGCAGGAGAUCGACAAGACCUUCAAGAAAGUCGCGGAGGGUAUCCAGACGUUCGAAGGCAUCUACGAGAAGAUCCGUGUCGCUAACAAUCCCACACAACGUGACAAGCUCGAGGAGAACCUGAAACGAGAGAUCAAGAAGCUUCAACGAUAUCGUGAUCAGAUCAAGUCAUGGGCAUCCGGCAAUGAGGUCAAGGAUAAAGGGCCGCUGCUUGAGCAGCGAAGGGCCAUUGAGACAUGCAUGGAACAAUUCAAGGCUGUCGAAAAGGAGAUGAAGACGAAAGCAUAUUCCAAAGAAGGCCUAUCUGCGGCGUCACGACUCGAUCCGAAAGACAAAGAAAAGGUCGAGACCUGCGAUUUUCUGUCCAACAUGGUUGAUGAGUUGCAACAGAAAAUAGAGGCAAUGGAGGCAGAAGAAGAGUCGCUUCAAAUGUCGAUGAAGAAAAACAAAAAGGACGUUGCCAAAAACAACCGCCUGGCAGACCUUGCACAUUUCAUCGAACGUCACAAAUGGCACGUAAAUAAGCUGGAAUUAUUGCUACGAUCACUCCAGAACGGCAAUAUCGAAACGGCCCCGGUGGCGGAUCUCAAAGAGAGCAUCAAAUACUACGUGGAGGAUGGUAACAACAUUGACUACUCUGGGGAGGAUGAGACGCUGUACGACGAUCUGAAUAUAGGCGACGACGCCGAAGCACCAUUCGGAGCGGGUGACAACGUAUCGUCGCAAGAUGCUCAGUCAAUGCAGGAUGAGGAGAUUGAACCCAAACCCAAGGCCAAACCCGAAGUCACUGCAACGAGCAAUCGCAGACCCUCUGCCCAGAUGAAGUCCCCGCUUCCAGUUCUGGCAGCCCUGCAUCCGUCCAGCUCCAGCAGCUCGACAUCUGGCAUGAAACCUGCACCUCCUCCCACGCGUCUGCCCGGUGAAACGCUCAAGUAUGCGUCUGCAGCAGCAGCUGCUGCUGCAAGCGAUAAAAAUGGCGUGGGAAUCGCCCCGCUGCCGCCUCCCCCAGGUGCUAGUCCCGCCUUCCCAGCUGCAGUGCCCGCCUCAAAAGCUUCCUCUACCGCCUCACCUGUUGUGUCACUAGCACAGCCUGUGUCAAAGGCUACACCUACAGCAGCGAUAGUUGCAGAGGAGGGCCGUUCGCGGACGCCUGCUUUCAGUCCCAAGGUUCCAGCUGCCGUCAGUGCGUCAAAUACGGUACCGACGACGCCUGCGAUGGACAAGGCAGAAACCGCCGCCACGAAACCACGAGCCGCUGCCAACGGAGAGCAGUUCGGUAAAGAGAAUCAGCAAUGGGAAGAUAGAGAAGAGUCUAUCUACCACCUGCCCCCUGGUCUGCAAGAUUUAAUCCAUUCGUUUGAAGUUACCAAAAGUCGCGCAUCGGCCAAUCCCUCAAGUCAGCCACCUUCGGUGCAGCGCCUUCUCACGGCAUCAGCAGCCAAUUGCCCCGAACCUGGGGACUCGGAAAAGCCGCGUCACUACAAGCCCCAGAACCCGUACAACACGCCUCUCUACUACCCGCAAGAGCCACUUGCCAUCUUGGACGACCCUCGUCUCUAUGAAACAGGGCGGAUCGACACGGACACCCUGUUUUAUUUGUUCUAUUAUCGCCAGGGUUCCUACCAACAGUACUUGUCGGCAAAGGCAUUGAAGAACCAGAGCUGGAGAUUCCACAAGCAGUACCAGACAUGGUUCCAGCGACAUGAAGAACCCAAGACGAUAACCGAGGAGUUCGAACAAGGUACAUAUCGCUUCUUCGACUAUGAGAGUACUUGGAUGAACCGACGCAAGGCAGAUUUCAAGUUUGUCUACAAGUACCUGGAGGACGAGUUGUAG